UAUAAUGGCCGGCCGGAGAUAGCUUUGUGUGCCAUGCGAGGCCACUCCUCUUUCUCUAGUUCUGCUCCAUUGGGCUGCUGGCUGCAAGAUUCCCAAGGAAUUCUUCAUCUUCUUAUUCUUCACCGACGAUCGAGACCAGCUAGGUAAUGGGAUUCCCGUCGCCGGUGUUCUCGGAGUCAGAGGUGCCCAGGGUGCUGCUCAACCUCGUCUUCCUGCUCGCCCGCCUCGGCCGCCUCUCCUCCUGGCUGCUCUGCCUCAUCGGCGCCGGCGUCCACGACGACCGCAGCUUUGACCACCCCACUACUCCCGGCAUCACCAACCACCACCAUCAUCACCAGGGUCAGUACGAUGAUUCUGAAGACCGCUGCCUCGAGGAGCUGGUGAAGCAUUCCCCGGCCAUGCGCUUCGACGCGUUCUCCGGCGCCGGAGACGAAGCUCUGCUGCUGCCGGAGGGGUGCGCGGUGUGCCUCGGCGACUUCCACUGCGCCGCGUGUGUGCGCCGGCCACGCGGGUGUCGGCAUGUCUUCCACCGUGCCUGCCUCGACCGCUGGGCCGCCCACGGCCACAGCACCUGCCCGCUCUGCCGGGCACCCUUCCUCCUGCCGCUGCCGCUCCCGGCGUCGUGAUUCCCGCGCCCGUGGGGUGUUGUUUGCAUAAUCCGGCGACUGCAGCAGCUGACUUCUGAGAAGAGUGUUCCGGAUUUGUGGCUUUCAGUUGAGUUUUUGUGGAAACAAACCCAAUCCCAUGGCGGUGAGCUGUCCAAUUAUUUUCUGAUCGGCCCCUCCUUUGAAGAGAUCAUCACAAUAACAAAUCUACUGACUGAAAUCCCUUGGUCAAAUUAAUUUCAAGCUUCAGUUAAUUUGGAUUUCGCUCAAAUAAAAUCGGUACAACAACAACAACAACAGAAGAAGAAGAAGAAGAAGAAGUGGAUACAUGUACAACAGUAAGUAGAUUAUAUGAAGUAGAUAGAGAGAUGGAUCUCAAUAUAUGUAGAGGCACUUUUUCUUAUAAAGGGUGGAUUCUAUUAACUAAAAAUGAAGAAUUAAGAGGAUACAAACACAAUGAGCACACAGCCGGCCUAUUCAUAGUUAGGAUGCACACAACCAACACUAACACAUAUAAGAAAGCACACGUCGACAAAUAGCAAAGACAUAAAAGACCAAAGCUUUAUCUAAGCGAGAAAAAAGAAAA